GCAUGGCUCCAUGAAGGCUGAGGAGACAGACCGCACAGCUCCCUUCCACUUUGACCUCUGGUUCUACUUCACACUGCAGAACUGGGUCCUGGACUUUGGCCGACCCAUUGCCAUGUUGGUGUUCCCACUCCAGUGGUUUCCUCUCAACAAACCAAGUGUCGGGGACUACUUCCACAUGGCCUACAAUGUCAUCACGCCCUUCCUUCUGCUCAAGCUCAUCGAGAGAUCCCCUCGAACGCUGCCUCGGUCUAUAAUCUACGUCAGCAUCAUCACUUUCAUCAUGGGAGCCAGCAUCCACCUGGUGGGUGAUUCUGUCAACCACCGCCUGCUCUUCAGUGGGUACCAGCACCACCUGUCCGUCAGAGAGAACCCCAUCAUCAAGAAUCUCAAGCCAGAGACACUGAUUGACUCCUUUGAGCUGCUGUACUACUAUGACGAGUACCUGGGCCACUCCAUGUGGUACAUCCCCUUCUUCCUCAUCCUCUUCAUGUACUUCAGUGGCUGCUUUACCACCUCCAAGGCUGAGAGCCACAUGCCAGGGCCUGCCCUGCUCCUGGUGGUGCCCAGUGGUCUGUACUACUGGUACCUGGUCACCGAGGGCCAGAUCUUCAUUCUCUUCAUCUUCACCUUCUUUGCCAUGCUGGCUCUCGUCUUGCACCAGAAGCGCAGGCGCCUCUUCCUGGACAGCAACGGCCUCUUCCUCUUCUAUUCCUUUGCCCUCACCCUCUCACUGGUGGCUCUGUGGGUUGCUUGGCUGUGGAAUGAUCCUGUACUCAGAAAGAAGUACCCUGGUGUCAUCUAUGUCCCCGAGCCCUGGGCCUUCUACACACUCCAUGUCAGCAGUCAGCACUGAGGCUCCCUGGGAGCAAUAGGCCAUGGACAUUUGUGCAAGGGUGCAUAUGUGCACCCGUGGUAAUGUGGACUGUGCAUGUGCACAGGGACGGGCAGAGCGCAUUGUUGAAAGACAUGGCUGCUUUGGUCAGGGUUGUUUUUUGUUCGUUGCUUUGGACUUAAGAUGAAAUUAGUUUGGGGAAGUAUAUGAAGGCCAAGAUCCUGGCCCCUGCCCUCCCUACCCUGUACUUCACUACUAUUAGAGAUAAUACUCCUAUGUCUCAGGACUGGGCUGGCCUCACGGAAAUGUCUUUUGGUGGCCAUGCCUGUCCCUAGACCUAAAGGAUACAACUUCUGUCCUUUGAACAGAGCGUUUCCACCUCUGGGCUUCAUUUGUACUAGAGGGCUCCAUGGUCCCCAAGUGGCUCCAUGAGCUGGGGGGUUACUGAUUCCCCUGGGACAGCCUUAGCAAGGAAGAGUGGUUCUGUCUGUUAUGGCAUCCCUACCCUCAGCCCAGUGGGGUAUGCUCCUAUCUUGUCCAGCCUCGGACCCCACUCACAAACUGCUGAGAAUCCAGUCUCCAGGGAGCCAGAGGCCCGGCUCCAGGUCACUAUCAGCUGAACUCUGGAACCCAGCCUGGGUUUGGAACUACAUGGAAGGCAGAAUUCUCAAGUCCUUGUGGUACAGAUUCCCUGAGACCCAUUUUAAGACAAAUCUGUCUCUCAUGACAUCACAUCUCAACCUGAAUCUCUCACCACCUGCCUGGUGCCUUUGUUCCCAGCAUGGUGGCUCCUGCCUCUCCCCAGCCCACCUCUUCCCAGGCCUCAGAUACAGGUCUCCAAGGCACAGCACUGGCCUGUGCUGUGAGUCUUGGGGACACUCCUACUAUGCAUUCUUUUCUGUUGCUCUCAGGGAACACUGGGCCUUGUUCUUCCCUUUUGUUGUGGUCUUUCUACAGGCUAGACCAUGCUGGGUGGUGAGAGGUCUGAAUAAAGGUGGUGUGGAGCCCGGC